AUGUCCGAGCAGGCGGAGAAAAUCUGGGCGGAUGUUGCUUCUGCAAAAAGUCUAGCAGUUAUUUGGUAUUGUUUGUUGAUUUCUAUCAACGGACGUAUUCUUCCGUUACAAAAGGAAAAGAAAGUAUCGCUGAGAAAGACGUAA